GCAGAGGAGCGGAGCGGAAGCGGAAGCAGGAAGGUUCAAAAGGCAAUCCCCACCGCCAAACUGGCCACCACAAGCUAUCGGCUGGUCGUGGCGCCGGCGGGCAGCCAAAGGAGCUCGACUGGAAAUGUGGUUGUCACCACCACCUCCUCGGGCACCCACUCCUCGAAUGGGGCUAACGGAGGAUCAGGAGGAACUUCUGCCGGGAGCAGCACGUUGGGAAGCGGUCUCAACGUGACUACAAUAACAGCGACCGGCGGGGGUGGAGGUCAGCUGCAAAGUGCCGGCAACAGUUCCCAGAGCAACGGAACCACCUACAAGAUCGAAAUGCUGGAUGAGGAUAUCCAGAGCUUGGGUUCCGAUGACGACGACGAGGAUCUAAUCAGCAGCGAUGGCAGCUUAUACGAGGGAGACCUGGGCUCCAUGCCAGUGAAUGAUGAUGUGGCCCACCAACUAGCGGCCGCAGGACCAGUGGGUGUGGCAGCAGCGGCGGCAAUAGCGAGUUCCAAAAAGCGAAAGAGACCCCAUUGCUUCGAAACAAAUCCCUCGGUUAGAAAACGGCAACAGAAUCGAUUGCUGCGCAAGCUGAGAGGGAUUAUCUAUGAGUUUACGGGCAGAGUGGGCAAACAGGCGGUAGUUCUGGUGGCCACACCGGGUAAACCCAACACUAGCUAUAAGGUUUUUGGAGCCAAACCCCUGGAAGAUGUGCUGCGCAACCUAAAAAACAUUGUAAUGGAUGAACUGGACAAUGCACUGGCUCAGCAAGCGCCACCUCCGCCCCAAGAUGAUCCAUCGCUCUUCGAACUGCCAGGCUUGGUCAUCGAUGGUAUACCCACUCCCGUAGAAAAGAUGACCCAAGCGCAGCUGAGAGCCUUCAUCCCGCUGAUGCUCAAGUAUUCUACGGGACGAGGGAAGCCGGGAUGGGGCAGGGAGUCUACCAGACCGCCCUGGUGGCCAAAGGAGCUGCCCUGGGCCAAUGUGAGGAUGGAUGCGCGUUCCGAGGACGACAAGCAGAAGAUCAGCUGGACACAUGCGCUACGCAAGAUUGUGAUCAAUUGCUACAAGUACCAUGGAAGGGAGGAUCUGCUGCCUACCUUUGCCGAUGACGAGGACAAGGUUAACGCUUUGAUUUCGCAGUCGGGCGACGAAGACGAGGACAUGGAGCUUUCAAAUCCUCCUACCAUCCACACGGUGACGACAAUGACGCCGCCGACGGGCAACAGCAAUCAACCGCAGCAGGUGAACGUUGUGAAAAUCAAUAGUGCUGGAACAGUGAUCACCACCCACACGGCCCAAAGCAACACUCCUGCUCCGACAAUCAUCCAAAGUACCAAUAACCAGCAUGUGACCACGACGGCUACGCUGCCCGCCUCCACGAAGAUUGAGAUCUGCCAGGCGCCGGCUCAGAAUCAGCAGCACCAGCAGCACCAUCAGCACCACCAGACGCACUUACCCAACGCCGUGCAUAUUCAGCCAGUGGCCGGAGGACAGCCGCAAACAAUCCAGUUGACCACUGCCAGUGGAACGGCGACCGCCACAGCGGUUCAGACGACAGCCGCCGCCGUAAGUGCGGCGCAGGCUCACGCGCAUUCGCAGUCCCAGGCUCACUCGCAGUCGAAUGCUAACCAGACGGUCACUGCCCAGCAGAUCGCCAAUGCUCAAGUCUGCAUCGAGCCCAUUACGCUCAGCGAUGUUGAUUACACCACGCAAACGGUCCUCUCACAGAAUGCCGAUGGUACCGUCUCGCUAAUCCAGGUAGACCCCAAUAAUCCUAUUAUCACAUUACCGGAUGGCACAACUGCCCAGGUUCAAGGUGUUGCCACGCUCCACCAAGGUGAAGGCGGUGCUACCAUUCAGACAGUUCAGAGUCUCACUGAUGUGAAUGGUCAUGAGAACAUGACCGUAGAUCUUACCGAGACGCAGGAUGGGCAAAUAUAUAUUACAACGGAGGAUGGCCAAGGUUAUCCCGUUUCGGUGAGCAAUGUGAUCUCAGUUCCCGUCUCUAUGUACCAAUCGGUGAUGGCCAACGUGCAGCAGAUCCAGACGAACAGCGAUGGAACAGUGUGCCUCGCGCCGAUGCAGGUAGAUACAAGUGUCAAUCGCUCCACCAGUACCGCCACCAGUUCCUCAUCCUCUUUGGGAAAUGGCGGCGUUCAGUGCUACUCGCUGAUCUCGGCGGGAUCGUCAGUCCUGGGCCGUCGCAGUGGCGCGAUGAUUGGGCAUCAGGUCACUCCCGGGGAACGUUUCUACCUAGCCACAUCCACCUCCACGUCCAGCAGUUUAGGGCACCACAACAACAAUAAUAGCACCCUAGCAAAUAACAAUAAUAGCGUAAAGAUGCCCAUGCCCUUGCCCAUAGUGUUGGCCACUCCUAGCAGUCCCCAGGUGGCCAACAAGAGAACCACCAGGAGAUCCACCGGGGUUAGUGGGGGAGGGGAGACAGUGAUGGUUCAGAAGCGUGGGAGACCCAAUUCCUCUGCAAAAAACAAAUCCCAACUAAAUGCCAAUGAAAAUUGCCACUCCCCCGCCGGUACUUCCUCUUCCAUCCGUUGUGUGGACAGCGCCAGUUUAACCAGUGUGCAGCUCCAACUGCCGGCCAUCAAGCUGGAGCAUUUGGGGUAGAGUCUCCCAAUUAAUAAUCCAUAUUAUCUCGAAUCUAGUCAAUUGCGGCUUUCCACAAACAGAAAAAUAAGAAACGCACAACUGCACUUGCCAUUUAAACUUAGACGCGCACAUAUUGUGAAUGCCAAAUAAUCGAAAUAGUUACAGCCAAAGGAAAUCCCUCAGUUACUAACUAUAUAAAUUGAAUUUAGUGCCGAGAAUAGAAAACCAAAAAAUUUGUUGAAAAUUAAACCAAAAAUCAAUUCUAAAUUAAAAAUUAAAGUUGUUCCUAGUUUACAUAGCUACAAAACAUAAUAUUUUAUAGUUUUAGCCAUUUGUUUAGUUGUUAAAUUGUGCAGUACAUAUACAUAUUUAUGCACAUAAUCUUGCUAAGAGUGCGAAUCAAACCAAAUAUUAACAAAUUUAAGUUGUACAAUUAGGUUAAUUCUAGCCUGUAAGUAAUACAGCAAACAGGGACCAGCCAGCCUAAAGUUAGACGUACCUGUAACCCCGUGAGUCUUAGCUCCGUAACACUUUUUUUUACCCACCAUGCAAUCCCUUAAACGUAGUCAAUUCGCAUUAAAAAUGCGCAAAGGCGGGAAAAUGAGUUUAUCAUUGGAGGUGUUCACCUUUAGUCGGGAGAUAAAAAUGUGCUAUAUAUGUGGAGGGAUAUUUGAUAUAUUCUCCAGAAAGUGGGUGCAAAAUUAAUUUUAUGUUGAUCUAGUACUAUUUCCAUUAUUGCUAUUGUGUUUCAAUGAAAUCAAUAUUGCUUUUACCAUAAUUAUUGUGUUUACAUGUUUGAUUUUCAUAUUAAUCGCAAUUUAAAUUGUUUUAGACCAAAUUUUGUUUUUAAUCAAGCCAAGUCAAUUGCGAAAGGGAGAAAAUGAAAAUGCAACAAAUUUUAUUAAAAAAAAAGCGAUUGUUGUGAUUUUAUUAUAAUUUUAUUUUUAAAUAUUUGCUUGUAUAUUGUGUAAACUGAAAUGCUAAAUAAAGCCAGCAAUUUACCUUCAAAA